GCUGUGGAAGAUGGAAAUUGCUGUCAGUGCAGUCAGUGCCGUACAGGCAUGCGAGAGAGUGCACGGUGAUUUUUUGAUCUGAGUUUCGCGACUGAUUUCGAAAGAAUGUGACCCAUCUCUGAGCGCUGACUUUGGGCCUCUCGUUCCGAGUCGUCUUCUGUUAUAUCUGCGAUAUUGUCGCAUGCUGUAUUUUUAGAAACGCGACCAACCACAACCAAUCUUUAUCUCUUGCGGAAGCGAGACUCGAUUACGAUUUUACGAGGCGGAGGCGCUCAUCAACGACGCGAGAGUGCGAGGCCACAUAUGAUGCGCGCGUGACGCGAGGUUGAUCAUCAUCGUCUGCUCCUGCGGAGGUCGUUCCGGGAGGGGGGUCGCCUGUUGUCGCCGUACGACAUGUCGUCAGAUCGAAGAAACGGGUGAUCGAGCCGUCGUCGUGGAUCGUUCUCCAAUGCCGUUCCAAGUCCUUGACAAUCGAUAGGAAAGCAUGCGUGUGCACGGAUUCGUGAGCCUCGCUCGUCGAAGGACUCGGCGCGCGAACGGCUGUCCUCGACGAUCGGAGGUGACCCGGAUGCGCCGGCAAGGUUAGGGGGGGGCCCGCGUCGACCAGCCAUGAAGAGUCCAGCGACGUCGCAGCGUCUGAACGGGAGCGCGCAUCCCGUCCCGUCGCCGAGCCUGCAGGCAUCAUCAGGUGGCGCGAAGUCCCGCCACAGCAAUGCCGUCAACAGCUUCCAGAUGGUGAAGGUCGCCGGACGCGAGUCUGGCUGCUACAUCGCCAGCAACAUCGCGCCGAAGGUCGGUAAGCAGCAGUUGGUGUCCCUGAACGGGGACACGGUGCGCUGCGACAGCGUCAACGUCGACGAGGCACUGGCGUGCGACGUCGCGCCUAUACCGGCGGCGAGGACCAAGGCCCUGUGCGUGCACAUCAGGGAGAACAAGUGGUACGACGCCGGUAACGUCGUCUCCGUCGGGGUGGCGGGCACCAGCCUGAAUCAUGCUCUGGAAAGUAUGUCCUUGGCUUACAAUCCCUCCACGAAGCAGUUGUACUCCGUGGAGGAGACCUGCAGGGCGCCUAGCAAUGCACAAAUCGACUGUAUUUCUCAAUACCUAGAAUCUCCAUGUAGCGGUAAGGAACAAACGUCAGGUGUGAAGCUUGACGCGGAUAAAUAUACGAAGCUCGAGAACGUCAGUGCAAACAGUAGUCCGAGGAAUAGUUUGCCACGCUCGUGUAGCAGCACAGUGUCUUCCCUUAGCGAGAUAUCACCUUCAGGUAGCUUUUUAGGAUCUGACGAACAGCAUAUUGUGGAAAAGAGUGAUAAGAUACCGAAGCGUUGGGGAUUGAACACGCUCUUCACGAAGAAUGUGUUUUCGUGGAAGAGCAGAGGCUCUCAACAGUCGACGCCUACGGGUAGCCCGUCGAGAAACAUUGACAAGGUAGGCGGUAGUACAGCUUUAAUUCAACAGCCGAGACCACCAAAUUUACCAGCUAAAAAUGCACUGGAGGAGGAACGCCAUCGUAAGCAAUACAAUGCUAUUUUAGAAGCAGCAAGGAAGAGAGAAUUGCGCGAGGAGAAAGAGCGCAAGCAACAACGGGAGUGUCAGCUGAAGGAAGAGAAGAGAUUGGCCGAGGACUCUAACACGUGGAAUGUGUAUGUUUUACCCAAGUUCGAGAGCGUCAGGAAUACGAAGAGAGUAAGGGAACUGUGGUGGCGCGGUCUGCCGCCGAGUGUCCGCGGUAGAGUAUGGAAAUUAGCGAUUUCGAAUAAUUUGAAUGUAACGCCGCACCUAUAUAAUCUCUGCUUAGACCGGGCGAUGUCGUGCCCUAACAAUGAGUCAUUAGCCGCAAUCAGGUUAGACGUAUCUCGUACCUUUCCUACCUUAUGUGUCUUUCAAGAGGGUGGACCAUUAUUCAAUAGCCUUCAGGGUAUUUUGGCAGCGUAUGCCGUAUACAGACCGGACGUAGGCUAUGUGCAAGGUAUGAGUUUCGUGGGUGCUGUUUUAUCGUUGAACAUGGAGCCACCGGACGCCUUCGCCUGCUUCGCGAAUCUGCUAAAUCAUCCUUGCCACAGAGCCGCCUUUACAUUGGACCAAAAAAGAAUGGAUAUAUACUACAAAGUAUAUUCCAGUGCUCUUGCGCAUAAGCUGCCAAAGGUCUUUUCCCAUUUUACCGUAGCUGGAUUAAGCCCGGACUUGUAUCUAUUAGAUUGGUUGUAUACUAUAUACGCUAAAGCAAUGCCUCUCGAUGUCGCAUGUAGAAUCUGGGAUGUCUUUCUCAGAGAUGGAGACGAGUUCCUCUUCAGAACCGCGCUGGGAGUGUUGAACUUGUAUCAGGAAGAGUUAUUGAAAAUGGAUUUUGUACACGGCGCACAAUUUCUCACUAGAUUACCGGAGAAUCUACAAGUAGAAUCCUUAUUCAACAGUAUUAGUCAAAUGUCUACUACUGUUGGGACGACAACGUUCCAGCAAAUGUUGGUUCAAUAUUCUUCGUAAUUUAUUAUAUCAAAAGCUUUGAGAUACGCUGAUCUAUCCUUUGUAUUCUCUCAAUUUUUACAUUCUCUUCAAGACUGAAGGGAGUUAUACUCAAAUACAACAAUAUUAUUCAGCUACAACACAGGUAUUAACCUCAUAAAUAUACAUCACGAAUAUAGAAUUAGCCGAAAUUGAGAAAAGGAUUCUUACUGCUAAUAUUCAAUUGCUAUUUUUAAAUUCUCGACAUGUUGACGAUACGUCACGAUAAAUGCCAAACAGUUGAGAUUACAUACCGGAAAAUAUAUUUCGUCCAAAACUUUAGUUAAUAUUAACUUAAUAUAAAAGAAGCGAAGUUAAAUAGUGCAAACAU